CGAGAGUGCGUGUGUGUCGGUUAACAUGUUUCCCGCGGUUUGGGAUUUUGAAAAAGGCCUAAAGACUGACAUGUGGAGUAAUCAGUGAUGUCAUCGCAUUCUUUGGCAUCUUCGUGUUUCUUACCGGAGCUACGAAGUAAAGGGUGAAAAUGACAGAUGCUGGAAGCUGAGUCUCAAACACACAGACUCUGAGUGAGCUGGACGUGGGCCGUCCCGUAAUCCCCGCUCGUGGGGUUCAGGGACCAUGUGCGAUGGAGGUGUCGGUGUGGUGGGAGAUGGCGUGAAUAGGUCCCAUGUGUUGUUUGACCACUUCGUCCAGGCCACCACCUGCAAAGGCACUCUCAAGGCUUUUCAAGAGCUUUGUGACUUCCUGGAACUCAAGCCCAAUGAAUACCGCGUGUUCUACCACAAACUCAAGUCCAAGCUCAACUACUGGAAAGCCAAAGCUCUCUGGGCCAAGUUAGACAAGCGUGCCAGCCACAAGGAAUACAAAAAAGGAAGGGCCUGUGCCAAUACUAAGUGUCUGAUCAUCGGAGCUGGGCCAUGUGGUUUACGUACCGCCAUAGAGCUGGGCUUCUUGGGAGCCAAGGUGGUUUUGCUGGAGAAAAGGGAUGCGUUCUCCCGAAACAACGUGCUACAUCUUUGGCCUUUCACCAUUCAGGAUCUGAGGGGUCUCGGAGCCAAGAAGUUCCACGGCAAGUUCUGCGCCGGAGCCAUCGACCAUAUCAGUAUUCGACAGUUGCAGCUGAUGCUUUUGAAGGUUGCUCUUCUCCUGGGCAUUGAGAUUCACGUUAAUGUGGAAUUCAAAGGCCUCAUUGAGCCGCCAGAAGACCAAGAGAAUGAGAAAGUUGGGUGGAGAGCUGAUGUUCACCCCAAAGCGCAUCCAGUUAAUGAGCUGGAUUUUGAUGUCAUCAUCGGUGCUGAUGGAAGGAGAAACACACUGUCAGGGUUCAGGAGGAAGGAGUUCAGGGGGAAACUGGCUAUUGCCAUUACAGCCAACUUCAUCAACCGCAACACGACAGCAGAAGCAAAGGUGGAGGAGAUCAGUGGAGUCGCCUUCAUCUUCAACCAGAAGUUCUUUCAGGACCUCCGAGAAGCCACAGGGAUUGACCUGGAAAAUAUCGUCUACUACAAGGAUGACACGCACUACUUUGUAAUGACUGCCAAAAAGCAGAGCCUGCUGGAGAAAGGCGUCAUUCUGCAUGACUACGCAGACACAGAGAUGCUGCUCUCCAGGGCGAAUGUUGACCAGAAGGCUCUGCUCUCCUACGCCAGGGAAGCGGCCGAUUUCUCCACCAACCACCAGCUUCCUUCGCUGGACUUUGCCAUCAACCACUACGGCCAACCUGACGUCGCCAUGUUUGACUUCACUUGCAUGUACGCCUCAGAAAAUGCGGCGCUAGUCCGCCAGCGCAAUGGCUAUAAGCUGCUGGUGGCGUUGGUGGGAGACAGUCUUCUAGAGCCGUUCUGGCCGAUGGGGACGGGAAUAGCGAGAGGAUUCUUGGCAGGCAUGGAUUCAGCGUGGAUGGUGCGGAGUUUGGCUCAGGGAAACUCUUCUCUGGAGGUGCUUGCUGAACGGGAAAGUAUCUAUCGACUGCUGCCUCAAACGACGCCUGAGAACGUGAGUAAGAACUUCAGUCAGUACAGUGUGAAUCCAGCCACACGCUACCCAAACAUCAGCCUCCACCAAGUGAAACCCAACCAGGUGCGGCAUCUGUUUGACACGGGAGAGACCAAGGAUUUGUGCGUUGAUAUGGAGCGUGUGGUCAACUCUUCAACUCCUAAACUCACAAGAAAUGAACUUCUGCUUGACAAGCUUUUGCAAGAGUCCAUCGUGCGCUCCAGUAAGCUGCUGAACUGGUGUCAGAGGCAGACGGAGGGAUGCAGAGGCGUCCGCGUGUCUGAUCUCACCACGUCCUGGAAGAGCGGUCUGGCCCUGUGUGCGCUCAUCCACCGAUACAGGCCAGACCUCAUUGACUUUGACUCUCUGGAUGAGAAUGAUGUGCAGAAGAACAACCAGUUGGCAUUUGACGUGGCUGAAAAAGAGUUUGGGAUUUCUCCCAUCAUGACCGGGAAGGAGAUGUCUGUUGUGGUGGAGCCUGACAAGCUCUCCAUGGUGAUGUACCUCAGCCAGUUCUUUGAGAUGUUUAAGGACACUGUGCCACCUGGUGGAAAUCACAACCUGAGUCCUGAGGAGAAGGCGGCGUUGUUUGCCAGCACUAAAUCGCCCAUCUCGUUUCUCAGUAAACUGGGUCAAAGCAUCGCAAUCUCCCGCAAACGAAACCCAAAGGACAAAAAAGAAAAGGAACUGGAUGGAUUGGGGAAAAGACGGAAGACGAGCCAGGCAGGACAAUCGGAGGAGGAUGAGGAUCUGCUGAGGGUUAAUCUAGAUGACAGGCCUGCUAUCGCGACAGCCCUGACGGAACGUAAAAUCGAGUCGGCUGCGGCAGCUAACAAUAACAACAAAGUGAAAUCGAUGGCCACACAGCUGCUAGCGAAGUUUGAAGAGAACGCUCCAGCACAGUCUACUGGACUGAAGAGACAGGGAGAUUCAAUGCCCAACCUGGGGCGGCUCCUGACCCCGUCUGUGGCCCCUCUCUCUCUGAAAGAGUCUGUGCGUCUGGCCCCGGUCCCGGCGUGGAGGAAGGCCAGCAGCGGUCCUGAGGUCUUAAGGAGCUGCCCUAAGAAAACUAUUCUCCUCUCUUCCUCCUCACCUUCAUCUUCCUCAUUCUCUUCAUCGUUUGUUCCACACACACAGGAAGUUAGCCUGCCUAAUGUGGACGAAUUAGAGCCAAUACACAUCCCUAGCAUUCAAGAGAGAGCUGAGAGACUAACGGCUAAGUUUACUGGCAAACCCGAGAGGAAGAACGAGCCACAGGGUUCCUUGCGUAAGGUGUUUCCCCAGAACAUCGGUGGCAGUGAUGUGUGUUUCUUCUGUCGGAAACGGGUCUACGUGAUGGAACGUCUCAGCGCAGAGGGAAAGUUCUUCCAUCGCAGCUGCUUCAAAUGCGACUACUGUGGCACUACCCUCCGUCUGUCCUCGUACGCCUUCGACGUGGAGGAUGGGAAGUUUUACUGUAAACCGCACUAUUGCUACCGACAGUCUGGUCUGGCACAGAGGAAACGGCCUGCGCCAGUUCCAGUAAAACCAAAGGAGCCCCAGGUGUUGGCCGUAAACCAUAAUGCAGUGGACACCGCGGGCCAAGCCUUAACUUCCCAAGCCCCUGUGGAGCGCCGUCCCUCAGAGGUGAACGGGGUGGUGGAGCCCAGCGUGGCCAAGCGUCUGAAAGGCACUCCAGAAAGAAUCGAGCUGGAGAAUUACCGCCUGUCUAUGAUGAGAGAGGAGGAGCUGGAGGAGGUCCCGGAGGAAACGCUUGCAGAACACAAUCUCAGCAGUGUGCAGAACAAAAACACCGAUGUGGGGGAGGGAUCCAGUAGUUCAGAGUCUGAUAUGGAGGAAGAGGAUGAAGAGCCAGAAGAGGCCGGGCCGUCUGAUCUGGGUGGAGUGCCCUGGAAGGAAGCUGUGGAGAUCCACGCCAAGCUGAGAGGAGGAAGUGACCCAGAGGCAGCAGAAGACGACGAGGAGGAAGAUGAAGAUGAGGAAGAGUCAUCAUCAAGUGAUGCAGGAGAGUAUUUCCCCUGGCAGAGAGAGAUUCAGUCAGGUCUUUGGCUGGAGAAUCUCACAGAUGAAGAGGAUACGGGCACAUUUAAAGCCAGAAACCUGCAGAUCCAGCAAUCCAUACAGCCGGUGGACCCUCUGGACAUUCAGAUGGACAGCCACUGGACGCCAGUACAGACUGAAGGGAUGAAGGACAGCUCCGUGUCACCCUCGGGGUCUCAGCCCUCGCUGAACACCCAGCUCACUCAGCCCACCUCCUCCACAGGUAACCCAGCCCCCUCCCACAAGUCCAUGCGUCACGAGACUGUCAGAGCCUGGUUGGAUUCCAUGUCUGGAGAGCCCUGUGAACAGGAGGAUGACCCCGAAGCAAAGGCAGACGGUCCUGACACAGAGCCAGACUCUGAACUAGAUCAAGAGGACAUUCCCUCUGACGCUGAGGCUGAAGCUCGUACACACGGUGUAGAUGAAGCGGGGACACUUCCUGUGGAUAACGGCAAACCAGAGAGCCAAGGACAAGUUUCCAUAACUGAGAAAACAUCUGCAGCUUCAAGGGAACUGAUUGUUGAUGUUGUGCCGUUUCCAAUCCAAAAACCUGCUUUACCCAUUGAGGAGGUGAAAGAAGCUUCUCCUGUAAUAUUGGUGAAAUCUCCAGGUGCACGGUUCUUCCCAGAGCCCUAUUUACCCGAUGAUGUCAAACCAAACGUUCCCUCACCACAGACUCCUGAUGCUAAAAGUCCCCAUUCUCUUUUUGCUCAAAUUCUUGUGGCUUCCCCAGUCUGCUCCAAACCUGUUCCACACCCAGAAACCGUGUCUCCCGAAUCUCCUGUCCAGCCCCAGCCUUGUGCCUGUUCUCCAACAGGUAAUCCUUUGUCUCCAAUCUGUGCCCAGUCACAACCCUACCAUGAGCCACCCUCGCCCCUUUCCUCAAGCUCCCCAGUCAGGACUCAGCCAAUCCCAGCCAUCACAUCCACUCCUUUAGCCAAACCUGCUUCUGAGAAGACAACCGAGGAACCCUUUUCUGCCCCGAAAGAAUUAGACGCAACUCCUACCAAGAAAACGGACCUCAUCGAGGAGUUCUGGUUGAAGAGCGCUGAGAUCCGAAAGAGCUUAGGACUCACUCCUCUCGACAGAAGCCAAACAACAGUAGAGAAGAGCAUUGUGAAAGCUUCAACCCCUGAAUCACCUUCGCCCAAGUCUUAUACCCCAGAGGACUUCUCUGAAGAACAGAAGCCCACAUUCACAGGUCGAUCAAUCAUACGGAGGAUCAACAUUACCUUGGAAGGACAGGUUGUAUCUCCAGUGGAACCCAAGAGUGAUGGUUUGGAGAAGAAGGACUUGAGCAGCAGUUCAGGAUUGGGUCUCAAUGGAUGCGUGACCACCAGUCAGACGGCAGCUAGUGAUAGCUACAACAACUCUGAUUCCACCAUGCUCACCCCUCCAUCCAGCCCUCCUCCACUUCCACCCAAUGAGGAGCCGGCUGCCCUCAAGAACAAAAAGCCUCAGGUUUCUUGGGAUAACCUCCUGGAAGCAACCGAGGAGCCCAAAUCUGAGACUGCACCCAUGAAACCGAAGACUCCAGUCAGUCCUCUUCAACCAAAACCAGUGACGGCCCCAGUGCCAGCUCCUCGAACUAACCCACCUGUUGUGAUGAGGGUAAAAGAACCAAAUAAACCAUGCAGGGAAGAAGUGAGGAAGUCUUUUGUGGAGUGCGUCGAUGAGAUCCCAUUUGUUGAUGACGUGGAAGAAACGUACGAUGACCGCACCCCUGAUACAAGUGCUCUGGAAACGUUUUACACACCACUGACAAGCAAGGUCAGCCGGGAAAAAACGCCUUUCCACCUGGCAUUGGCAAUGGAAAACGGCAAGCCCCACAUUCCUGGAGGUGUGUCCCGGACAGCAAAGGCUUCCCAACAGUUUUCUCCAGAAGCCAAGGAAAUAGCAGAAGAACGAAUUAAAGCACGGAAAAGUCUGUGAAGAGUCGAAGCUCUGAAAGACGCCAUGGCCCAGCAGCUCACUAAGAUGAAAGAAUCGGAGGCUGCCAUGGGCUGUGGCAAAAGUUGCCUGGAACGCUACAGAGACAACGGGAAAAACGAAAAGCAAUCAAAAGCCCCUAAGGACUCUACUGUAAUGGCCUUGGAGUCCAAAAAGCAGCCGGAGGUGCUCCCUGAUCGCUUCUUCACCUC